CGUAUAAGCAGAGAGAAUGAAAUAUUUGAGCAGAGAGAAACAUGCCUUACAAGAGACCGUGAUCAAAAAUGCCAAAGAAAAGUAACAGAAUUAGCAGAACAAAGUGAAGUGCAACUCGCAUGUGAUCGAGAGCAAAAGUGA